UUCACAGGUUAAUUACCUACAUCUUUGUCUACGAAGACCUAAUAUCCUUGACCUGCGGUGCCAUUAUCAUCUGGUAUUUUGCCAGCAGCUUUGAGAAGAACGUUGGCACUGUGAAGCACUGCUUCCUCACCCUCUCAUUCGCCGUCCUCUCCGCCCUCUUGUACCUCUUACUCGAGCCUGUUGUCUUGAGGGUGUCGGAGGUGGAAGAGGCCAAAGGAUUCAUGCCAGUAGCUUUUGCUAUGUUGGGUGUGUCCACCACCCGCUCACGGAUGAAGAGGACUCUGGUUUUGGGGGUUAGAGUUCCAGCAGUGCUGGUGCCAUGGUUCAUGCUCUGUGUAGCAUGGUUUAUCCCUCACUCUUCUCUCUUGAGUAACCUGUGUGGGCUCCUAGCUGGGGAAGCCUAUGGGCUCGGCUACUGUUUCUGCUUGGAUUUUCCGGAGUCGGUGGGCUCUAAGCUGGACCAAGUGUUCCCUUUCAGUCUGCUGAAGAGGAUACCAGGGCUGAAGUAUAUCCCAGGGUCCUUAGCAGAGAGAAGAGCCUUUGACAGCAGCAAGACUAACCCUGCACCAGGCACCUACCCGACCCAAAGCUACUACUGCUCUUCGCCUCCGGCUCUUCCUGCUUUCCAGAUGCAACACCCCAGUGCUCACACUGUGUGA